GAAACGACAGUGGUCCUAAUGUUCCUGUUCAUGUUCUUCAGGUGUGUUUCCUGCUAAAACUAAUGGAAAUCAGUCAGUGAUGGAGGGAUAUUUAGUCACUCUAGACUCUGAUCUUACUGAAAUGAUGGAUGAUGAUCUGAUUCUGUGGACGUUUGGACCUGAAAACACUCUAAUAGCUGAAAUCCAUGUCCUGGCUGACAGCAUGACUGUAUUUGAUGAUGUUCUUGAUGGGAGAUUCAGAGACAGACUGAAGCUGGACGAUCAAACUGGAUCUCUGACCAUCACAAACACCAGAACUGAACACGCUGGACAUUAUAAACUAGACAUCAAACGUACGAUCAAGACUUUCAGUCUCAGUGUGUAUGGUGUUCUGCCUGUUCCUGUCAUCAGCAGAAACUCAUCAUCAUCAUCUUCAUCAUGUUCACUGGUGUGUUCAGUCGUGAAUGUGAGUCAUGUGACUCUCUCCUGGUACGAAGGAACCAGUUUAUUGUCCAGCAUCAGUGUGUCUGAUCUCAGCAUCAGUCUCUCUCUUCCUCUGGAGCUGGAAGAUCAGGAUAAAAACAGCUACAGCUGUGUGCUCAACAAUCCCAUCAGCCACCAGACUCAACAUCUGGACAUCAGUCGACUCUGUCACACAUCUGCAGGUAUGGGGAUAUUAACAUUGAUUUACUCUUAUGUUUCAGGUCUGCUGUAGAUCAGAAAGAUUGAGUCCUUUAGUCUGUUACAGAUCAGGGCCUUCCUUUACUGUACGUUGUGCUUAUCGCGGCUGGAUCU